AUGGGGACUCAACAAGCACCCUAUCUGAACACCAGAAACCCGUGGGUUAAAGGACAUCUGUGCUGGCGGGUCCCAAGAGGGAGCCGAGCGCAGAAGCACAGCGCGGGCACGCGUCUGUCCCCGCGCCCCCGGGGGGCUCAGCUGGAGCCGACCCCGCGCGGAUCGCAGCCCGGGACACAGCGCCUGCGGCCGCCGAGCUCACUCGAGGCACCUUCCACCCCGGGCGGAGCGAGGGCGGCAGGCGCAGGACUGAGGCCCCGGGCCGGCCAGGCGCCCAGCGGGGAGACGGGCCGGCGCCCGCCGGGGGUCCCCCGACCCCACCCGGCCCGGGAACCGGGACGCGGCAGGCGCAGGAGCGGAGGGGCCGCCGCCGCGCAGAGCAGGGGCCGGCACCCCAGGGCGGCAGGUGCGGACGCGGCCCGGGACGGGGGUGCCGCGGGGGCCGGGCCGGGUCGCCGGCGGGGUCGGGGGCGGGGGCGGGAGCGGUUGGGACCCCGGCCCCGGCAGGUGCGGGCUGACUCGCGCGCUCGCUGGCCGCCACGCACAGGCAGCCCUCCCGCAGCCGGCCGAACCGCGGCCCGGAGCCCCCCACCUCGCACUUACACAGCCGGCGCCCCGGGCCGGGAGCAGGAGCCAACGGCCUGGCGGGCGGCGGGGCCGAGCAGCCUCUGCGGCCGCUCCCCCUACUCGGAGCUGGCGCUUCCUUACCGGCGGCCGCGCCGGCACCCUCCUGCGCAUGCGCGGGGCCAGUCCGGGCCGGCGCUCCGCUCCGGGUUUUACGAGAGACGCAGAGGACAACGGGGAGGGGAGAGGAGAGAGGAGGGGAGCGGAGGGAAGGGACUGCGGACGCCUCGGCUCCCGAGGCGCCACACCUCGGAGGAGGGCCUUGCCCUGUCUCAGCGCCGCUUUGUAACCCCUCAAGGCGCGCCCCGGCAGGACCCCUAA